UGAGAGUGACCUUUCUCAGUGAUCUGCUGAAGUUUUCGUUUUUUGUGUGCUAAAAUGAAUGCCUCUCAGAAGCUUAUGAAGGUGUUCGUAACCAGGAGGAUUCCACAGGAAGGAAUGAAAGUAUUGUCACAGUCUGGAAUCUUCGAUGUCCAGCUAUGGGACUCUAAUGAACCAGUACCCAAAGUAGAGCUGCUUAGAGGAGUUGCAGGAGCCCAUGGUCUCAUCUGUCUUCUCUCAGACAAGAUUGAUAAAGAAGUGCUAGAUGCAGCAGGGACUAAUCUAAAGGUUAUCAGCACAUUCUCAGUAGGAUUUGAUCACCUUGCAGUCGAUGAAAUCAAACAGCGAGGAAUCCGUGUGGGAUACACCCCUGAAGUGCUGACGGAUGCAACUGCUGAGCUGACAGUGGCUCUCUUGCUUGCGACAGCACGUAGGUUACCUGAGGCCGUGGAGGAAGUUAAAAACGGUGGCUGGAGCACCUGGAAGCCCCUCUGGCUGUGUGGAUACGGCCUCUCUGGGAGCACUGUGGGAGUGGUGGGACUUGGAAGGAUAGGUUUAUCAAUUGCAAAGCGCUUGAAGCCCUUUGGUGUAACACGCUUCCUGUACACAGGGCGCCAGCCCAGACCUGAGAGUGCUGCAGAAAUCCAGGGGGAAUAUGUGCCUCUUGACAAACUAGCAGAAGAAUCUGACUUUGUGGUUGUGUCCUGUGCCUUGACUCCUGAAACUCAAGGAAUGUGUAACAAAGAUUUUUUUGCCAAAAUGAAGAAAACUGCUGUGUUUGUAAACUCAAGCAGAGGUGCUGUUGUGAACCAGGAUGAUCUGUACACUGCUUUGACCAGCGGUCAGAUUGCAGCUGCUGGACUGGACGUCACUGUUCCUGAACCUCUACCCACUGACCACCCUCUGCUUACGCUGAAAAACUGUGUUAUUCUGCCUCAUAUUGGAAGUGCCACGUAUGCUACGAGAGGUACCAUGUCUAUUCUUGUUGCCAAGAACCUCGUAGCUGGACUGAAGGGAGAGGGGAUGCCAAGCGAACUCAAUCUGUAACUCGGAGGGAUGGAAGCAUUCCAGUUCUUUAGUUGUUUGCCCCAAAUUCUAUUUUUUAAUGUUACUUUUCAUCUUGCCACUUGAUAAUUAAAAGUGCUUUCUGAACUUCA